AUGCAUCCUACUAUCAAAGUGUCCGCGUUCCCUGUGCAGCAGAAACGCCGGGUACAUUUUUUCACUCUGGAUUUUUUCACGACGAGUGCAAAUUUUGGCAUUCAUUCAGACGUGCAUUGUCAUGGAUACACAGCAUGGGAUCCAGUUGAGCAGGCCGUGAUUAUCAGCAUCGAAGGGACAGACGGUCAGUUACAAAUGACAGAUGAAAUACUUAGCUUCUUCAGACACAAAGUGGCGUUUUUUGAUAAUGGAUUCCUAUUCAAGUACUUUCAUGAUGCUUUCUUUUAUUUGUGGAAUGGAGGUCUUGAGCAGCAAGUCCGAACUCUGAAGUACCAGUAUCCUCAGUUCAAGAUCUAUGUCACUGGACAUUCUUUGGGAGCAUCAAUCGCAAGUAUAGCAGCUUCAUAUUUGGUCAAAUGGAACAUGUGGACAGCAGAAAAUGUUAGACUCGUCACAUUCGGACAACCCAGGACUGGUGAUUACGAUUUCGCGACUUGGCACGACGCUACAGUAAGUUGCUAUACACAAGAGCUCGAGAAUGGUCGAGUACAGUGCUUCUAAAU